AUGACCACUGCUACUCAAAGCCCUAGCCCUGGUCCAUUAGGAUCAACUGAUUUGACUCGAUGGCAUGUCGAUACAAGUGACGAUGGUAAAGUUGAUUGGCAAUACGAUCAUUCGAUUGAUAGAAUACUUGGACCACAAUCAUUCGAAAGCAAAUAUUGGUUAUCGAUUCACUCUAAAGGACCAGCUUUACCCGAUCCUGAAGGUAAUCCAUUGAAAGCAGCACAGAAUGGACUGGAAUUUUUGAAAAAACUUCAAAGUCCAGAUGGACAUUGGAGUGGAGAGUAUGGAGGUCCUCUAUUUCUAAUUCCAGGUUUGGUGAUAGCAUGUUAUAUUACCAAAACACCAUUUUCAGAAGAAGUCACCAAAGAACUAGCUCGGUAUCUUGCAAACGAGCAACGUUGCGGUAAGAGCCCACGUGAUCAAGGUUGGGGAUUACAUGUUGCUGGUCAAUCUACCGUCUUUGGAACUGCUCUCAAUUAUGUUGCAUGUCGAUUACUUGGUGUUGAUGCAGAAGCUCCAAUGCUAGUAAGAGCUCGUGGAACAUUACACGCAUUAGGUGGCGCAACUGGAAUACCUACAUGGGGAAAACUAUGGCUUUCACUCUUAAAUGUAUACGAUUGGGAAGGUAUCAAUCCGAUCCCACCUGAAUUUUGGCUUUUACCUGAAUUCUUACCUUUACAUCCAUGGAGAUGGUGGGUACAUAGUCGACAAGUUUAUUUAGCCAUGAGUUAUCUUUGGGGUAAAAGGUUAAAGAUCGAAUUAAAUCCAUUAUUGAAAUCUUUAAGAGAAGAAUUAUAUGUUAAAGAUUAUGAAUCGAUUGAUUGGUUAAACUGUCGAAAUUUAAUUUCAAAAGAAGAUUUAUAUACUCCUCAUCAUCCGAUUGCUGAUGGACUUUUUAAAGUUCUUGGGGUUUGGGAAUCGGUUUGUCCUAAAAGACUUCGAAACUCUGGACUUGAUAGAGUUUAUGAUUUAUGUAAAAUGGAGGAUGAGAAUACCAAUUAUCAGGCUCUUGCACCAGUUAAUAAAAUGAUGAAUUUAUUAAUUUCUUGGGAUCGUGAUGGAUCAGAUAGUGAAACGUUUAAAUUACAUCAAGCCAGUUUACAUCAAUUUCUAUGGAUGACACAAAAAGGAAUGAUGCUCUUAGCUACUAAUGGAUCUCAAUUAUGGGAUUUAAGUUUUAUUACCCAAGCAUUAGUUGAAUCUAAUCUAGCAAAUUCAAAUGAUCAAUCUACUCAAGAAACAGUCAAUAAAGCUCUUGGUUGGUUAGACCGAUGUCAAAUUGUAGAAAACCCAAAAUAUUAUGGAUCGGCUUAUCGUCAUACUACUAAAGGAGCUUGGCCUUUUAGUACUAAAGCACAGGGAUAUACUGUUAGUGAUUGUACGGCAGAAGCCUUAAAAUCUGUUCUUUAUUUACAAGAAGAAUUAGAGUAUACACCUAAAUUGGUUUCUAAGGAAAGAUUGUGUUGGGCAGUCGAUGUGAUCUUAAGUUUACAAAACUCUAAUGGUGGAUAUGGAUCUUAUGAAUUGAUUCGUGGUCCGAAAUGGUUAGAAUGGCUUAGUCCUGCUGAAGUCUUUUCAAAUACAAUGGUAGAGAUGUGUUAUGUUGAAUGUACAACGGCUUGUACGACGGCUUUAAGUGUGUUUAAUAAAUAUUAUAAGGAUUAUCGAUCAGAAGAGAUUAGUCUUGCUAGAAAAUCUGCCAUUGAAUUUAUUCGUAAAGAACAAAGACAAGAUGGAUCUUGGUAUGGAUCUUGGGCAGUUUGUUUUACAUAUGCUACUAUGUUUGCACUUGAAUCACUUUCAUUAAAUUCAGAAACUUAUGAAAACAGUCAAACCGUUCAAAAAGCAUGUGAGUUUCUUGUUGAUAGACAAAUGGAAGAUGGUGGUUGGGGUGAAAGUUUCAAAUCAUGUGAACUUGGGAUUUAUAUACAUGAAAAAAGAUCACAAGUUGUUCAAACUUCAUGGGUGAUUUUAGGAUUGAUUUCAGUUAAAUAUCCACAUCAAGAAAUCAUUAAAAAAGCAUGUAAAUUGAUACUGCAAAGACAAUUGAGGAAUGGUGAAUGGGAACAAGAAGAAAUUGAAGGUCUUUUUAAUAAAACUACUUCGGUGAUGUAUCCUAAUUAUAAGUUUGCUUGGACUAUUUGGGCUUUGGGAAAAGCGUAUAAGGAGUGUCGUGAUAUUGAUUGGUCUACUUAA